AUGGUCGUGGCUGCUCGGAUCGACUGGAUUCGGCGACGGGUCCUCCAGGGUGCGCAUCUUCAUGUCUCGACGUGCUGUUCGUCGCUCCCAGGCCUUUCGAAGAUCAAGUUGGAGCUCAUCUCCGAUGGCAUCCGCUGCUCGACCAUGUCACAGUCGGUGGCCCUGGAGUCGUUAGCAGGCGUUUUGAGGCUGGCUCAACAGCACACUGCUCGCGACCUCAUGCUGAUGAUUGGGGUGAUGACGGAGGGCCCGAUGACGAUGGUGACGAUCGUACUCGCGGUCGCCGUCGCGGUCGUGUUGACCUUCCUCCCGCCCCUCCUGAUCCUUGGCUCGACCCUGGGUGCGACCCAUGGGCUGCGGCUGCGUCUCAAGGCGGUGGCGAUCGUGCAUGCAAAGCCCCACGACGACAUGGUGAUGGCGAUGCAGUACCGCUGGCAGACGUCCACUGAAAUCGAGUUCCCCGAAUGCGACCCCGAUCUGGAAAAGCUGGAUGCGUUCGCCGAGUAUCCGCACUGGAUGUGGAAGUCCGUCGCUGAGCACCUGGUCUGGUUGUUCGGCGGCUCCCUCGGCUUCCCCGGUGUCUAUGGCAUCUUCGGCGGUGUAGUGUUUCAAAGUCUGGAGACCAGCGGCGAGUGCGGGGAGGAGCGGACGGACUUCAUCGGUACGCAUUGCGAAGGCGUUGCCAGCGAUGCAGUCGAGGCCGCCAUCGCCGCCGCCGUUCGCGCAGACAUGACCCUGCCCAAGAUCGCCAACGACAUCCUGCCUACGUCUGCUUCGUCGGCCAGUGCGACCACCCACCAGGCCGCAACCAGGAGCCAGCGGCUGGAGCACAUCCUCGGGACCCUCGACCUCUCGGACCGGAAGGACGACGCCGUGCUGCGCCAGCUCUACGAGGUGAUCGACAGGCUCCGCGUGAGCGCGAAGGACGCCCAGAACUACGUGGACCGCUCGCUGGCGCUGAGCCACGCCUUCGUGCCGAUCAUCGAGGGUGCGUACCCCUGUCCGGGGGCCGACGCCGUGGUCCAGGAUGCGCACCGCCUGCACCUGCUGAUCGGGCGCGCGAAGGACGUGAUCGGGAACCCGCCCGGGGGCGACGGCGGCAUCGCCCAGGACAGCCAGGGGGACGGCCCCAGGCAGCCCCUCCGCGGGGCCGCCGACCUGCUGGCGGAGAUGGAGAGGAGCGUCGGCGCCCACGCCGGCGGGCGCCCCGGGGGCCUCCACCCGAUGCCGCUGGUCGGCGCCGGGGUGGAGGGCGCACCGCUCGCCGCCGCCUUCCUGGGCCCCGCCGGCGCCGGCCCGCCGCGCCCGCGGGGCGCCGCGGGGCGCCCCGACGCCCGCUCGCGCGCCAGCGCGCGCCCGCGCGCGCGAGCGCGCGCGCGGCCGCGGGCGGCCGCGGCGGCCGGG